AUGUUCAAAGUGUACCGGGUUUCAUCUUUUCUCUUGUGGCUUCUGCUUCUUGCUCAAGCACAUGGAAAUGAUAAGAUAGGAUUUUAUCAACUCAAGAGAGGAAAUUUACAUCUGAAUUUGACAAAUUAUGGUGCAUCAGUUAUCUCCGUUAUUGUCCCUGAUAAACAUGGGAAUUUAGGUGACAUUACGCUUGGCUACGAUGACAUUGAGCAAUACAAGAAUGAUUCAUGGUACUUCGGAGCCACUAUUGGACGUGUGGCAAAUAGAAUUGGACACGCUCAAUUCACAUUGGAUGGUCAUGCCUAUAAAUUGCCUGCUAAUGAUCACGGCAACACCCUCCACGGUGGUUUCACAGGGUUCAGUGAUGUUGUAUGGACAGUAAAAAGUCACAAGGAAGAUGACCACGUAACAUUUACCUAUGACAGUUAUGACCAUGAACAAGGCUUCCCUGGAAGACUUGAAGUAAGUGUGACCUACAUGGUCAUUGGCACAAACAAAUAUUGUGUGAAAAUGAUUGCCAAGCCAAUAGACAAAGCCACACCAGUGAACCUAGCGCAUCAUACAUACUGGAAUCUAAAGGGCCACAACGGUGGUGACAUUCUAUCCCACGAAGUUCAAAUCUUUGGCUCAAAGAUCACACCAGUGGAUAAGAAACUCAUCCCCACCGGAAAAUUCGAAUCCGUGAAGGGCACCCCAUAUGAUUUCCUAGAACCAAGGGAAGUCGGUAGCCGAAUCAAUGACCUUCCUGGAUUAUAUGACAUGAACUACGUGCUUGAUGCAAGUAGCCCUAAUCACUUCAGAAAAGUGCUUAUAGUGAGAGAAAAAGUCUCUGGGAGGAAGCUAGAGUUGUGGUCAAACCAAAUUGGUCUUCAGUUCUACACCGGUGGCAUGUUAAAUGCUACAAAGGGUAAGGAUGGAGCCAUUUAUCAUAAGCAUGGUGGUAUGGCCUUGGAGACACAAGGGUUCCCUGAUGCUGUGAAUCAUUCAAAUUUCCCAUCACAGAUUGUGCGUCCUGGGGAGACAUAUAAGCACUACAUGGUCUACAGAUUCACGGCUAGCUGAUUUGGUUUCUGAAUUUUAGGACAUCUAGUCAUGAUUAGCGGAAAUGAUUCAAUAAAUCUUGCUCCUAGUCCUAUAUGUAUCAUUUUCAGUACGUAUUUAUCACGUGAAUAAAAGUUUGUGGUAUAAUUAAUCUCUUUGAAAGUACUUUUCUUUGGAUUUGUCCGCUUGAUUGGACCUAAAACAGAGUGCGCUUAAAAUGUAAAAA